UUAUUGGACACUUCUCUCACUAACGUAGGCAUUUCAACCAUUCCCUUCUAUUCUCUUAUAAAAUCAUAAAAAAAAAAAAAAGCGGAAAAACAGAGGAGGAAAGUUUGAAAAGGAAUAAAAAUGUUUGGUGAUAUUCAGAUAUUAAUCAUGUCUACAAUUAUAUUUUGUGGGGUUGUAAGCUUUAUGCUUCAUAUUUUGAUGAAUAAUAUGUGGGUAAAGUCUCAAACACAAAGGAGGAAACUAAGAAAAAGAGGUGUAAAAGGGCCUUCACCAUCUUUUCUAUCUGGGAAUGUUUCUGAGAUGCAGAGGAUUCAAUCAAUGGCUGCUAAGUCUUCUUCUCAUGCUGAAAUUGUUGGACAUGAUUACACUUCUACUCUCUUUCCUUACUUUGAGAAGUGGAGAAUUCAAUAUGGUCCAAUAUAUACAUAUUCAACUGGAUAUAGGCAGCAUUUAUAUGUGAAUCAUCCUGAUUUAGUGCGAGAAAUGAGCCAAAGCAUGAGUUUACAUUUGGGUAAGCCAACCUACAUCACUAAGGCACUUGCUCCCAUGCUUGGUAAUGGUAUUUUGAGAUCUAAUGGUACUCUUUGGGCUCAACAAAGGAAAAUUAUUGCUGCUCAAUUCUUUAUGGACAAGGUUAAGUCCAUGAUGGGUUUAAUGAAGGAUGCAGCUGAAGAAAUGUUGACAAAAUGGGAAGCUUGUAUUGAAGCCCAAGGUGGGUUAAUGGCAGAGGUGAGAGUUGAUGAGGACUUAAGGGAAACUUCUGGGGACAUGAUAUCAAGAGCUUGCUUUGGAAGCUCAUAUUCUAAAGGCAAGAAGAUUUUCUUAAAGCUAAGGUCUCUUCAAAAAGUCCUAUCCAACCAAAACUUUCUCUUUAAGGUCCCUACGAUCAGGUUCCUAAACAAUAAAGUUGAGAAGGAGGUAAAGUCCUUAGAAAAAGAAAUAGAGUCCCUUAUUUGGGAGGCUGUACAAGAUAGAGUGCAAGAAUGCUCUAAAAGAUCUUCAUCUGAGAAAGACUUGAUGCAAUGGAUUCUUGAAGGAGCAAUGAAUGAUCAAGAUUUAGACGAGGUUUCUUCCAAACAAUUGAUUGUUGAUAACUGCAAGAACAUCUACUUUGCAGGCCACGAAUCGACUGCAGUUGCUGCUUCUUGGUGUUUGAUGUUGUUGGCAUUGCAUCCUGAAUGGCAACAUACCAUUAGGGCAGAGUUUAACCAACUUUGCCAAAAUAAAGAUGAUCAUCUUCAUGUUCCCGAUAUUGACACUCUUCUUAAGAUGAAAUCGGUGACAAUGGUGAUACAAGAAGCCCUAAGAUUGUACCCACCAGCAGCCUUCAUAUCAAGGGAAGCACUAGAAGAGUUUGAAAUGGGAAAUAUUAUUGUCCCAAAAGGGGUAUGUAUAUGGACUUUGAUCCCAACAUUGCAUAGAGAUCCAGAAAUAUGGGGUCCAGAUGCCAAUGAAUUUAAGCCUCAAAGGUUUGCUAAUGGAGUUUCAAGUGCUUGUAAAGUUCCACAAGCUUACAUCCCUUUCGGACUUGGCGCUCGCUUAUGCAUAGGCAAAAACUUUGCCAUGGUGCAAUUGAAGCUCUUGCUUUGCAUUAUUAUCUCUAAAUUUAACUUCACUUUGUCACCUAACUAUAAACAUUCACCUGCUUAUAGAAUGAUUGUUGAACCUAAGCAUGGAGUACAUAUUCUUAUUAAGAAAGUAUGAUAAGUUAAGUAGUACCAUAUUUGAGAAAUGUAAUCACUUUAAUUUUAGCCUCUUAAGUGUGAAUUAUGUCAUGUUGCAAGGAGUGAGCUAUUAGUUGGAACCUAUUUGGUCUCCAAAAGAGGCUUAGCUUCCCCCGUUAAGUGGGAACCACUUGAUAAUGGCAAAAUGACAUGUUGUACAUUGUAAGAAUAUGUUACAUAUACAUAUAAAUUAAUAAAUAUUUGUGUUUUUUUUGCUA